AUGGGAGCCGCUCCCGUAUCAAACGUCCUGCUAUUUGGCGGCGGCGCAGUGGGCGCCAUUGCGGCCUUGAAUAUCGAAGCCGGCAAGCUUGGCCAGGUCACGGCGGUGCUGAGGUCAAACUACGAAACGGUCAAACAUCGAGGGUACAAUAUCGAAAGUAUCGAUCAUGGUCGUGUGAAUGCAUGGAGACCAUCGAGCGUGGUCAAAAAAGUGCCUUCGAUCGAGGCUGAGACGGCGGAGCCUUUUGACUACAUCAUCACUAGCACCAAAAACCUCAUGGAUGUCGAACCAAUGCUCCCCGAUCUCAUCGCACCAGCGGUAACCCCAGGACAUACCGUUAUUGUCAUGAUUCAGAAUCGCCUAAAUAUCGAGAGAGCUAUGUUCGAGAAGUUCCCGCAGAACAUCGUCCUCUCAGGCGUCUCCAUGAUCGACUCACACGAAGUCGAGCCGGGAGAUAUCUACCACGAAGAUCAUGAUAUACUCUACUUGGGGGCUUUUCACAACCCUAACUUCCAAACAGACGAGCAGGAGAUUGCCGCCGCGCGCCAUUUCAUCAAGAUGUAUGGUGCGGCGGGGAAGACCAAAGUCCACUUUUCUGAGGACGUUCCGUGGUCACGAUGGCGGAAGUUAAUCUUCAACGCCGUGCUCAAUCCCAUCUGUGCCAUUACCCAGCUCGACUCAGCCAGGGCAAGGCUUUCCGGCACGCUUAUUGAAGGAAUAGCCAGACCUGCUAUGCAAGAGGUUUAUGAUACCGCGAAACGGCUCGGACAUGAUCUGCCUGAGAACAUCAUUGACACGAUGAUCAACCUCGACCCCAUGGACCUCUAUCUCAAACCCAGCAUGCAAGUCGAUCUGGAGAAGGGCAAUUUGAUGGAGGUGGAAUAUCUCGUUGGUGAGCCUCUACGAGAGGCCGAGAAGGUCGGGAUCCCCACGCCAUAUCUCCGUGCAAUGUAUGAGAUGAUCAAAGCAGUUCAAUGGAGGUUGAAGGAGGCCAAAGGACUUGUUGACGUGCCACCGAAACGAGUUCAAUGA